AAAGAUUCACAUUAUCAUGCAUGUUCAUGUACAGUGUGUGAUUCAGCGGCUGUGUUUGUUUGUUUGCAGAGAAAGGAAGCUGAGUGUCCCUCUCUCCCGCGUGCCUGCACCUGCACUCAGGACAGUAAGGGGCCCCCUGGCCCCGCCGGCCCCCCAGGAGGUCCGGGCAUCAGAGGAUCCAGAGGAGAUCGAGGUGAACCCGGCCCUGUGGGUCCUGUUGGUCCAGUGGGAGAUGCUGGCGUUCCGGGUGCUCAGGGGCCUCCCGGUCCUCCGGGGCCCAGCGGACGCUCCAUCAGAGGCCCUCCGGGGGCUCCAGGAGAGACGGGACAAAAGGGUGAUGCCGGUCCUUCAGGGCUGCAGGGUGUUCCCGGCUCUCCAGGGCCUACGGGACGUGACGGGCCUCCUGGAUUGCGGGGUUUGCCGGGACAGGACGGUCCUCAGGGACGAGUGGGACCACCGGGAACCAUAGGGGGUCCGGGAGCACCGGGGGCCCCAGGAGAAAAUGGCCCUCCAGGACCCACAGGAGACCAGGGUCCUCCGGGACAUCCGGGACCCAAAGGAGAGAAGGGUGAGCGGGGUGAUGUCCAAUCAACGGCUUCUGUCCAAGCCAUAGCUAGACAAGUGUGUGAGCAGCUGAUCCAGAGUCACAUGACGCGGUACAAUUCUAUUCUGCAACAAAUUCCCAGUCAGCCUGUGUCGAUCCGCACCGUUCCCGGACCGCCGGGAGAGCCAGGAAGACAGGGGCCUCAAGGACCUCAGGGAGAGCAGGGGCCGCCGGGACGACCGGGAUUCCCUGGCACGAACGGAGAGAACGGCCAACCGGGAGCACGAGGACCUCUGGGUGAGAAGGGAGAGAAGGGCAGUCCAGGUGUGGGAGUCCAGGGACCCAGAGGACCUGCUGGACCGCCAGGAGCUCCUGGUGAAGGCCGAACAGGAAGUCCAGGUCCAUCUGGUCGUCCCGGUAACCCUGGCAGUCCAGGCAGACCCGGGAUCCCAGGACCUGUUGGUGUACCCGGCCAACCCGGAUACUGUGACCAGAACGCCUGCCUCGGGUACAACGUGGGAGAGCUGGGCGUUGAUGCUGACCUCACUGACACAGAUGUUCCUGCAGUUCAGCCCAACUCCUUCCAGCCGGACGAGGGCGAGGGCGGGGACGAUGACCCCUACGGCUCCUACACCUCCUACUACCAGCCCAACUACCCUCCGCCGCGGCCCGUGCAGCCCAACGACCCGGUCAUCGAGGAGGAGCUGCGCUCGCCCGGCAUACAGCGGCUCACGCGCAGACGCUAGGAGACACCCAACACAUCACAUCAGGGUGUGAGAGACUAUCAGAGGAAUAAACACAACAUACUGAGAAGAAAUGGCUGAAUUGUGAGAUAAAAGUUGUUUUUAUAUUUUUAUACAAACAGUGUGUUAUUAUAGGACAACGAUAAUAAUGCUUUGAACUGCUACAUCUGCUUAUUCAUUCUUAUAUGCUCAAUUAAAGAUUAUUUCUAUC